CGACUGUUCGUCAAGAUGUGGCUGUCCUACUUUAUUCGAGUAUUCAUCAUGAUCUUUGAUCUCAUCAGAGCUUUCGUUGGAUACAUUUAUAAUGUGAUAAGAACCACAGUGAGAACAUUUAAUUUUUCACCGGCUUGGAUCAGACAAAUUAUGACUACUGAAGAGGACCUAGCAUUGGAGAGAGAUCUUGUCAUCGAAGCAAUGGACUAUAGUGAGGAGUCUGAUUAUAGAAUGAUAAACAGAUGGAAUUAUCAACCCAUUAUAAUUUCAAAGGCCCUUCGUAACAGAUCAUUUCGUCAAACUUCCUUAUAUGACGAGGAUGAAGACAGUUUGGAUGAAAUAUUCACUGAUGCAAACCAGUCUCAGGUGGAUCCGAGAUAUGUUCCUGGCGAAGAUUUAUUUUGAAGGAUGAAGCUGCCAGCAACAAUAUUUUUGAAGCCAUCCUGUUUAUUCAACUUAUAAAGUUUAUGAUAAUGAUAUUUUAUUAUGUAUCCUGAUAUCAAUAAAAAUAUUUUUAAAAAG